AAUUUGUCACUUGUCUAUGGAAAUUAUUAAAAUCGUAAUGGUGGCUAUUCGUGCUUGUGGAAAUCAUUGCAUUGCUGACAACAUAUUUUAGAAAAAAGGAUUGGGAAACCUUCAAAAAUUAAUAAUUAAUGGAUUUCGGCUGAAAUAACUCAGGAUGGAGCGAGUACAGUAUUGUUUCAUCUGUAACGUCACAGUUGGAACAUCAACAAGGCAUUGUGUUCAUGUUUUCGAUGAUGACACUACAUUUCAAACGGAUAAAAAACUACCAGAAAUAAUCGAAGAGAUCAUUGGAAAGAGCCUGGAAGCGUCUUCAUUGAUAUCGCAAGUUAUCUGCAAAAAAUGUCUCAGGACGUUGGUUGAGUACGAUGGCAUUACAAAACGGCUCGAAGUGUUAAAAAAGGAAGUACAAGAGAACAUGUCAAAGACAGCACAGAUUCAAGCUUCUAAAAAGAAUGUUGUUACCAUCAAGAAGCAUCCGAAACAAAUUGUGUUGUCGAAGUCUAAGCUUCAGCCGUUACCUGCUAACUUUGUUUUGAACAUGAAGAAUGUACCAACAGUCACCAGGACUCAACUUGUUAAUGAUUCAGAUUCUGCAACGGCAGUGCCACAAAACGUGUUCAAGAUGACUGAGCCAACAAUAAGCCUUAAAGCAACUAUUGGCUCCACCGUCUUAACUCACACUCUAAAAUCAACAAUGAAAAUGGAACCAGACCCGUUAAGCAUCACACCGUCAGAUAUGAACUUGAUCAUGACACCGAGUAAAGCAAGCGUUAAUAAAAAGACUGCAGUCAAGUCAUCACAGAAUUCAGUAGCAAAGUCAACGAAGAAUCCAAUAUUGAGUUUUAAUGUGGAUGCGUUGCCAAAAGAGUUUUUCUCAACUACCGAUAGAGAGACUGCGUUGAGGAAUGAACAAGUUGACCUUGAUGAUGAUAGCGUUGAUAAUGAUAGUACGGAGAAUAACGAUGAACAGGAAAUGGAGAUUGAUGAAGAUUGUUCGCUGGCCGUGGUGCCUGUCACCACAGAUGACAGCGGAAAGUUAAUCUUUGACGUUGAUGGCAAACAAUCCAAAACAAACAAUUUGUUCGACAUGGGUUUGCUUCUGUCGUCCGAUAGCCAGGAACAAAACAACGACGCGCAAAGUAAAUACAUUCUUGACAAGCUGCAGAUACUUGCCGACGAUGAUGAUGACGGUGAAGAACAGACAAUAGUGAUGAAGAACAGCGAUGGCACCACCAUAAUUAAAAUGGGCGCUGGACAGAAGGUGGUGUAUGAUGGUGAAAACUUCUCGUUUGUGCCAUGCGGGCAAACAACGGAAAACAACGAUAGCCAAGAUUCUAACGAGGAGUCCCAAAUCGAGUUGCAAGUGUCUGGCGACGAAGAAACCGCCAACGCGAUCAUAGCCGCCGCCCAAGAGCAAGGAGGAGCAUUUAUAAAGGUGGAGUCCGGGGAAAUGUACAAGGUCAAGUCUGUGCAAAGCAAAAACGAUGACGAAGAAGCUUUGCAUAUCCAAAGCAUUGUUGAAUGUGAAAAUGGCCAAUACACUUGCCAACUGUGUAAGCAACAAGACAGCACCAAAGAUCCGUUCGUCGGGGAGUCGGACAAAAUGAUGCUGCACCUGAAGAAAGUUCAUAACGCGCGAGUAUACAUCUGCCAGAUUUGUGGUUUAGUACUGAGGAAGCGCACGGAAUACACCAAUCAUAUAGAGGAGCACGCAGAAAAGUCUCGCUCUACCAUCAACAAAUCCAAACUGCACGCGUGCAAUCUCUGCUCGCGCAAGUUCACGUCGCGCGCGCUGCUCGCCGCGCAUCAUAAUUCGCAUUCUGGUGCGCGCCCGCAUUCGUGCCGUCGCUGCCAUAAGGCCUUCGCUUCUAAGUACACGCUGCAGGCUCACGAAAAGACGCAUUUGGAGCGGCCGCGGCCCCACAAAUGUCCGUCUUGCGGCAAAGCGUUCUUGACGCUGCAGAAUCUAGCGCAGCAUGAGAAAACGCAUUCUAGUGUCAAAGAGUUCGUCUGCAAGGUCUGCGAGAAAGCGUUCUCAACACAGCAUAACCUGGAAGUCCACGGCGUCAUCCACUCGGGCCGGAAGCCGUUCUUCUGCUCCGUCUGCAGCAAGGCCUUCGCCAGGAAGCCCGAGGUCAAGGACCACAUGAGGACGCACACGGGUUUGUGGAGAAACCAUAAAAUGGCGCUGUUACUGGACUACCACACCAAAGCGGCUCACACGGGCGAGCGUCCGCUCAGCUGCUCGGUGUGUCGCGCCACAUUCGUGUAUCCCGAACACUAUAAAAAACACCUCAAAAUACACAACGGGGAGAAACCUUACGCUUGCGAGGUGUGCGGCAAAACGUUCACCUCGCGCGACAAUCGCAACACUCACCGCUUCGUCCAUAGCGACAAGAAGCCUUACGAGUGUCUAUCCUGCGGCGCCGGAUACAUGCGCAAGCAGCUGCUCUAUGCGCACAUGCACACUACGGGUCACGUCGCUGAAUCGAUAGUAGUAAAUCAACCGAGAGUUAUCAAGGCAACAGAAAAUGGUAUCGUCGUAACACCGUUGAUGGACGUGAACGGUGUAGAAAUUAAAACAGACAAAAUGGCGAACGCUAUAUUUGAAACAACACAGGAGCUGGAAAUGAAUCAAACCGAUGCCGAUGUCAAUACAGUGGAAACCACUAUGAGUCUAGUCCAAGCGAGCAAUGAAGCCACAUUCUACACCAUAGAAAAUUUUGAGGGAUUAAUAGAAAACAGCUCGGAGGACCAAAGAGAAAUUUUAACCACCGAUGCCAAAGGAGACAUAAUGAGACUGAUACAAGUGCAGUUGCCAGACGGAAAAACUGGUUGGGUUGCCAUAGACCAAUGAAAAAAGUGCUCAUUAUCUAUAAAAGUUUUUAUCAGAUUAGAAAUCUGUAAUAUUAGGUUUAAAGUUGUCUCCUAAAUCAGAGCUGUGUUAGUUUUUAAUAAUAACUAAAGUUAAGCAACUUAUAUUGUGGUUAAAAAUGGAUGGUUCACCAUUUGGCAUUUAUAUUAUACUUAACUAUGUAUGAAAAUAUUUGUGUUAUGAUUACAAUAACACUGCUGGAAACGAACCCGCAAACUUGGCUGGUGUUUCGUAGUUCAGCAUCGAGCCACUAGGUAAUUAGUAUUUUAUUUUGUAGGUUGCCAUC